UGAAGAAAAGGAAGGUAAACGAUUAAAAACUAAAAGUGGUUUUCAUGGCUUCUGGGUUGCAGAUCCAAGGGGACGAGUCCGUGCUCUUGCGCGUAACACAUUCCAACCUCAAGUCCUUCUCCGCCGACAUUCGCUUCUCGCUUCAGAUGACAGUGGAAUCCGUGAAAGAAAAGCUCUGGAGAAAAUGUGGCACUUCCGUUAAUUCUAUGGGCCUUCAGCUCUACGACGAUACCAACACCAAGAUUUCGGAUUUGACCGAAAAUUCGAGGCCGUUCGGAUUCUAUUCUCCGCUUGAUGGGUACCGGUUACAUGUUAUAGAUCUUGACCCUUCAUCGGUAACCUCUGGUGGUUGGCUGGAAGACACUUCAUUGGUGGAGAAAUACUCCAUUUCAGAAGAAGCUUAUGAGAAACGUGAUGGAACUUUUAGAAAAUUUAAGGGAAAAUUGACCUCCCACAAUCCAUCAACUCCUGGGAACAAGAUACCUGACAACUACAUGGAAGAUCUAUGUUCCAAUAUCAAGGUAGGAAAUAGAUGUGAAGUUGAACCAGGGGAGAAACGAGGUGCUGUAAAAUUUGUGGGUCGGGCAGAAAACCUGGCACCUGGUUACUGGGUUGGUGUUCAAUAUGAUGAACCAUUGGGAAAACAUGAUGGCAUGGUGAAAGGAGUACGAUACUUUGAUUGCCCUCCGCUUCAUGGUGCAAUGGUUAGGCCAGACAAAGUAAAGGUAUUUUACAAUUGGCCUGAUCCACACGGUAGAAGCAUACUUGGUUUACCUCAAUGAAUGCGAAUCAAUGCCCUCAUGUUGGCGACUACCCCGAAAGAGAUCCCUUUGAAGUGGAUGAACUAUAAGCAGUUCAUGAAGAGACUACUCUGGUGCUUUGUGUUUUUAUGUAAUGCUUAUAACCUUCUGGAUGUAUUGAGACAUCAACUUCUUUACUUGGAUCUGUUACAAUUAAGACACUGUUGGCUUGAGGGAUUGAUUUUAACUCUUAAGCGGUAUUGAGGUAAGGAAGAAAUGGAACUUCUUGGCUUGAGUGUUCUAGCAGCAGUCUGGAUGUAUUUUUGUGUGGAGGACAUGCUAAUUUUUUCAGGGUCGCCAAAAAGAUCGGGGCAGGGAGUGAAACAUGCUGCAAUUCCCAAGUAUGAUGAACGAUUGCUCACUAGAAUCGGCUGAUUUUCUUCUGAGUGAAAAACAAUGAUGAAUGAUUUCUAUUUUCUAACUAUACAAAGGAGCUGUGUUGGGAACA